AUGCCGCGCAGCUCCACCUCAUCCCCCACCGCCACGUCUCACCACACACCGUCCGCCGUAAACUCCAGAUCUACGCCGACGACGACGAAUUGGCCGAGUCCGUUUCGCGUGCGGCAGUCCGAUCCAACAUCGACUAUGCAUCUUUCUCGAGCUUUUGGUGAAUGCCGCGAUCACGGCUGCGCACCGGAGUCGACGAGGAACUCGACGCCAUUAAAGAUUCGGAUGAAUGGCUCAGCGCUCAACGCCGAUGCUGGGUCCUUCGACACUCUCCUCGCCGACAAGAUGAACCCCAACUUCCCUUCCAAGUCCCAGCCGGCCGACGCCAUGAACCUCGACGUGACUAAAAAGAUCCGAAAGAGCAGGCGGCGCGCUUGCAAGAUCUUGCGAGGAAAGUGCAGAAGUUUCUGGGCGGGAAGGGCGAACGCCGAGGGUGUGCGCUUCAACGAUGAGGAAUCCGACGACGAAGACGCUGAAGGAGAUGCGCUGAGCAACUUCAGCGACGAGGGCUUCUCCUCAGAUUCAGACUCCGACUCGGACGCGGACGCACAAGUCAAGACCGCAGCCUCGCGCGCCGCACGUCGAGCGGCCAUGGACACCCUCGUCCCCGCGCUCCCACUCUCCGAAUACGGCCAAAUGCUCGCGUCCUACCACUCGAACUCGCAACGCGUGACACGCGCAAAAGUACACACCGACACCCUCGGCGGCGGCGUUCCCUCCACCUCCAACUAA